AGAUACCAGAGAAGGCGCAGGAGGAGCCGCAGAGACGGUUUGGUGACCGUAUUAACUCCCUUCGUCGACGACGGCUGAUCCGUCAGGCCUCGACCUCCUCCAGGCUUCCUGUUGACGAACCCUUCCCUGUGCAGUUGGACGCGGAGUUCCUGUCGCUGGUGGAGAGGUCUGAGCGGAGGAGACGGUCGUUGGACGGGUCCCAGGUCCACCACCACAACCACCUGCACCACGACAAGUCCUGCACCAUCCUCGGCGUCAAGUACAACCUCGGAGAGGUCAUAGGUGUGGCCUCAGAUGUGUGUAUGGAGUGUCGGUGCGCGGCGGGCAAGAUGUUCUGCUCUCCCAAGUGUUGCUUCCUGCCCUCGCCCCUCCACCUCACCGAGAGACACCAGCUAGCCUUCGCCAGGAGGCAGCCAGACCCCUCCCGGCCUCAUCCGUUGUCGUACGUCAGGAACCAGUACGAGGAGGACGACGUACUCUCCUGGCUCUGAUCCCUCCUGCCAGCGAGACUCUCCUCAGCCCUAUCUUGCGUCUCUUUACAAAGAUGACACACACACACACACACUAGCGUUAGUGCCAAGAGAAGGUGCGUCUGGCGGUGCAUCGAGACGUCCAGUGUCAGCGGAGGGCUGCCCGACGCCUCGCCUCCCGCCACGGACCUCAACCAACCUCACAUACGUCGACGGAGGAACUCUUUCACUCACAGUUUGCUUGGCGGGAGUAAUGGGACGAUUGUUGCUGCUUUCUCAGCUGCACGUGACGUGUGGAGCACGUGACGUGUGGAGCAUGUGACGUGUGGAGCACGUGACGUGUGGAGCAUGUGACGUGUGGAGCACGUGACGUGUGGAGCAUGUGACGUGUGGAGCAUGUGACGUGUGGAGCAUGUGACGUGUGGAGCAUGUGACGUGUGGAGCACGUGACGUGUGGAGCAUGUGACGUGUGGAGCAUGUGACGUGUGGAGCAUGUGACGUGUGGAGCAUGUGACGUGUGGAGCACGUGACGUGUGGAGCAUGUGACGUGUGGAGCACGUGACGUGUGGAGCAUGUGACGUGUGGAGCAUGUGACGUGUGGAGCACGUGACGUGUGGAGCAUGUGACGUGUGGAGCACGUGACGUGUGGAGCAUGUGACGUGUGGAGCACGUGACGUGUGGAGCAUGUGACGUGUGGAGCACGUGACGUGUGGAGCACGUGACGUGUGGAGCACGUGACGUGUGGAGCACGUGACGUGUGGAGCAUGUGACGUGUGGAGCACGUGACGUGUGGAGCAUGUGACGUGUGGAGCACGUGACGUGUGGAGCACGUGACGUGUGGAGCACGUGACGUGUGGAGCACGUGACGUGUGGAGCAUGUGACGUGUGGAGCAUGUGACGUGUGGAGCACGUGACGUGUGGAGCAUGUGACGUGUGGAGCACGUGACGUGUGGAGCAUGUGACGUGUGGAGCACGUGACGUGUGGAGCACGUGACGUGUGGAGCACGUGACGUGUGGAGCACGUGACGUGUGGAGCACGUGACGUGUGGAGCACGUGACGUGUGGAGCACGUGACGUGUGGAGCACGUGACGUGUGGAGCAUGUGACGUGUGGAGCACGUGACGUGUGGAGCACGUGACGUGUGGAGCAUGUGACGUGUGGAGCAUGUGACGUGUGCAGCCAGUAACAACAGCAGUAACACCAUAUUAACUCUCCGUGUGCUACUUGAGCAACAUUGCAACUAUACUUACAACAAUUAAUUCAGAUCAAUAUAACCUCAUUUGCAGAAGCUUCUCUAAUGUUAACACUCAUGUAUAGUCGAGAUAUUUAUAAGAAAGAGAUACACAACUGUGCCAUUACCUUCUGUGAACUCGAGUAGUUAGCGAUAUGUUUAAAAGUUUGUUAAUACACACUAAACUAUGUGAGGAUCGCUGAUGGAUCCUCACAUAUAUUCUGACAUAGAUCCGCUGUGGAUCAGUGAGGAUACACGAGGUCUCCUCUGAGUACUCAUUAUUUUCUUCUCCUAGGCUAUGGGUCCCAACACUUGCACCAGAGGUGGUACCCCUUUUAGGUAUGAAAAUUUAUAUAUAUAUAUAUAUAUAUAUAUAUAUAUAUAUAUAUAUAUAUAUAUAUAUAUAUAUAUAUAUAUAUAUAUAUAAGUUACACGAAGAUAAUUCUGCACAUCAGCUAAUUAUAGGGUUUACAAUCAAUAACAAUAACCUGCCUCACCUUAAUUUACUUAUGUUCAUAUAGCUUAAUCAACCAUAGUGUAGGGAACAUGAUGCUAAUUAAGUAACAACAUGUAGACCUAUGCUAUACCUGUUUGAGCUGAAGCCCAAGGUAUAAUACGUGUCAAGAGGUCACAGUAACUGACUGUAACAAAUAACUCGACGCAUACGCUUGUGAAAGUUAAGGGAGAAAGUUUUCCUGAGUUUUCCUGGGCCCUUAUCAAGUAGCUACUACAACUUGAUAAGGGUCCAGGGGUGGGGCCAAACUUUGCCAGGUUCCUCUUAGGUGUGCGCGUUGGGUUAUUUACAUAAUGUUCAUUUUGUAGCACGGAAUAGUUCACGUAGCUACGUACGUCUGGUGAAGGCAUUAUUCGAGGCAACUCAAUGUAGGGCAGGUUAGGUUACCAAGAUAGUAUGAAGUGCAAAUUAAAAAAUCCUGGCAUAUCACCUUUACAUGGACAUAUAGCUGUUAUUGCUUAAGUUCCAAAUUUCCUCCAUUAACUACGCCAACGUGAACUUCUACAAACGAAAAUAAAAACUUGUCUGACACACAUACAUAGGUGUCUACACUGGUGGGAGUGACUGUGGUUUCUCUAAUGUCCGCAGUGACCCGUGUACCAACACUUCAGUAUAACUCAAUAAAAACCUGUAGUUUGACAGUAUAACUGAGUGUGGAUCCUUCCUGCUAUGGUUCCUGAAGCAGCAGCCAUCUUCUCCUUUCCUUCCCCCCCCCAAUCUCUCCCUCCCUGUCCUCCCCAAGCUUAGGGAGGCGCGUCUUCCUUAACACCAACAACACAAGAAUUAACACAGUACGUCCAGAACAAACAUUAGGAUUGUGACUGAAAUGUAAUGUUUAUAUUUACUUAAUUAUACCAAAGAAACUGAU